ACCACAUUUCUUCCCUUUCUCCCUCCUCUCCUCCAUCACCUCUAGUUUCAGAAAACCCCCGUCACUCUGCUCCCUUAAUUAAUUAGCCACCAUGCUCUCCGCCCUCACUCCUUCCGACCCCUUCUCUCCCUUCUCCCCCUUCUCCGCCGGCUUCACGCCGUGGGAUGACAACGACGAUUCCCACGCCCUCUUCUCCCCCAAACCGGUCUCUGCUUCUAGCUCCGCCUCUGACUAUAAAUCCGAACCGAACCCAACCGAACACGUAUGCGCCUCGUCCUCGGUGAUGAUGGACGAGCGGAAACGGCGCCGCAUGAUAUCGAACCGGGAAUCGGCCCGCAGGUCCAGGAUGCGGAAACAGAGACACCUGGAGAAUCUUCGGAACCAGUUGAACAAGUGCAGGGUCGAAAACCGGGAACUCGGUAACCGGUUGCAGUUCUUCCUGCACCACCUGAACCGCCUCCGAACCGAAAACGAAUGGCUCCGCUCCGAGCGAACCCUGCUACGCCAAAAAGUCGCCAAUUUAACACAAAUUUUGAUUUUCCAACAAUUCCAAACCACCUUCUCCCCUGCUGCAUGGACCACAUGCACCAACAACAACACCACCUCGCUCAUGACAAUUAAUCAAGUUAAUUAAUUAAAUAAUAUAUAUAUAUAUAUAUAUAUAUAUAUAUAUAUAUAUAUAUAUAUAUAUAUAUAUAUAUAUAUAUAAAAUAAGGUCUUGGUAAAAACUCUAAGAGGCCUAAGGUGUCCUAUGUAAUUAUCAUUAAAAGUUUAGAUAAAGAGAUAUAUUCUAGAUGGUAAAGGGUGGGAUUUUUGGAAAAAUAUUAGGCCUGGUUUUGGAAAAUAUUAGUUCAUUUUUUUCAAAACCAUAAGGGUUAUUAUAUAUUACCGAUUAUAAUAUAUUUGUGUAAAAUAGUAGCUUUUUCUUUUUUUGUUA